CUCUUACGGAGGUGGAUGGCGGUACCAAUGUUUUCUCCCCUCCCCUGGAUCACAACUUGCUACAUCGGCCUGGCACAUCGUGCCUCCAGUCUAACCAAACCAGUCCACCUAACUUCCCUUGACAACGCGAAAAAGUCACGAAUGAGCGUCACGACACCCACACGUGUUGUCUUGCUACGCUGGUCCAGACUCGGUGAUGGUUUGUCUUCCUUGGAUAUUGUUUGGGACAUUGUCAUGUACGGGUACAUCGCCCUCGCAACAUCGCCAAGAUAUGUUCAACGGUGUCCCUCCGGAACCGUCAGGCGAGAAUUCUAACCAGCCUAUCAAAUCGGAGGCAGAAAAAAUGGAAUCAUCAUAUUCCUAUCCGGACCAAACACACACAUAUACAAGCAUAUCCAGCAGGGUGAUACACUUACCCGCGACACUUAGCAUUCUAGUAAGGGUUUUAUAUGAUUCGAGCGGUUGUAAUCACCUCUCUCUCCAGAUCAUCAAAUUCGGAACAGAUCUCUUCACGGGAGUUGGACCCUGAAUGCUCUUUCCCUCUUGCAUGCUGGCAUUUGUCCGGAACAGCAGAAAUCCGAUCUAGGCCCUAGCGCACGAUUGCGCGAGACCAAGCCCUCUUGGCGGGGGUCCUUUUUCUUUUCUUUUUCUUUUCCUCUUCCUCAUAUCUGGUGUUUUUUUAAGCCUCCAAAAGUCUGUGCGCUGACGCAUGAAAUCACGAAUCGAAGGCAGAGGAGACAGCCAGCGAAACCAAUAUAUUCGAGUACACAAGAAGAUUUACUGUGCGGUACUAGUGCUCGAGUACCGAUAUCAAUAGUUGUGUUCCAAAGGCUUUCUAUCAUGCAUGCCAGGAAUGGUUGUCCCGGCAUUUUUUUUUCCUUCUUUCCUCUUUUUUUAGGUUUCGCGUGCGAAGCACGGAACUUUCCUUUUGGACAUCCGUCUCUAGAAUUGUUGUGUUUUUAUUUUUUUAGGUAUAUGCGAGGCGAGGGGGAUCUAUCGGCGAGACCAAUGUGGGGGCUUACAUGCGGUGGUAUACCAGCUCGUGAAGAUUGACGGAACAUGGCCUCGAGAUAAGAAGGUGGGGAAGGAGGUAUUAUAAACAUACCUUUUGCGCUGAGAAACGUAAUGGCAAGAGCGUCCGCGGAGCGCAAGAGAGAGUCGGCACAGGGAAAAUCGGAAAACAAUUGCACACAGCACGGCAGAAGGCCUCAUUUCGCUUUCGAUAAGGAAAAAUAGUGCCAUUGUAUUUUUCAUGUACCGACAGCGGUACAUAGGUUCGACCAAUGGGCUUGAUGAGACCUGUCCCUGGUAUUCAAUCUAACCUCUCCCAGAAAGCAACCCAAUGCAACGCACCACCUGGAAUAGCUAUUCGAUCCCUUACAACGAAUGCAAUCCCGCAAUCGAGAAGCAUCUGGGUUAAGAGUCAGUGUAACUUGAGUAGUUCAACUUCUCACAUAUACUCACUACAGUAAACGCCGAAAACUCGGUACCUACCGAGUGACUAUUAAUGCUUCCGAUAUUAACCUACCCUACCUCAAUCGCAACCGCUCUUAAUUGCGCAGAACCAGGGCAAUGGGAUUUAGUGAGCGUGGGGUAGCCAAUGCCAUUAACCUAGUGUGCCGAUAUCCGCUCCAUAUACUUGGUGGAUGGUGCAUAUAUACAAUAUCGAGACGUGCGUUUGGUAAGAUGGAUGGAUGGAUCGGGUACGGUUUGGCAUGGUUUGUUCGGUUCCACUUGCGGUAGCGGUACUGGCAUACACAAAUGGGUCAUGUUAAAUAACGGCUGACAUGCAGGGUUUAAUGGGGAAAUGAGAAAUGGAAAAAACAAGGAAAGUUCGCAGAUAUGUUUGCAUACAUGCUCCUUAUGCCUGGAUAUGGCUUGGAGAAGAAGUGGGGAGUGAUGGGG